AUGGCAUUGUCCCAGUCUGUUCCCUUCUUGGCCACAGAGCUUCUCCUGGCCUCUGCCAUCUUCUGCCUGGUAUUCUGGGUGCUCAGGGGUUCGAGGCCUCGCGUCCCCAAAGGCCUGAAAAGUCCACCAGAGCCAUGGGGCUGGCCCCUGCUCGGGCAUGUGCUGACCCUGGGGAAGAACCCGCACCUGGCACUGUCAAGGAUGAGCCAGCUCUAUGGAGACGUGCUGCAGAUCCACAUUGGCUCCACACCCGUGCUGGUGCUGAGCGGCCUGGAUACCAUCCGGCAGGCCCUGGUGCAGCAGGGCGACUAUUUCAAGGGCCGGCCUGACCUCUACAGCUUCACCUUCAUCACUCAUGGCCAGAGCAUGUCCUUCGGCCCAGACUCUGGACCGGUGUGAGCUGCCCGCCGGCACCUGGCCCAGAAAGCCCUCAACACCUUCUCCAUCGCCUCUGACCCAGCCUCCUCAUCCUCCUGCUACCUGGAGGAGCAUGUGAGCAAGGAGGCUGAGGCCCUGAUCAGCAGGUUGCAGGAGCUGAUGGUAGGGCCUGGGCACUUCGACCCUUACAAUCAAGUGGUGGUGUCAGUGGACAACGUCAUUGGUGCCAUGUGCUUUGGACAGCACUUCCCCGAGAGCAGUGAUGAGAUGCUCAGCCUCGUGAAGAACAGUCAUGAGUUCGUGGAGAGUGCCUCCUCCGGGAACCCGGUGGACUUCUUCCCCAUCCUUCGCUACCUGCCCAACCCUGCCCUGCAGAGGUUCAAGGCCUUCAACCAGAGGUUCCAGCGGUUCCUGCAGAAAACAGUCCAGGAACACUAUCAGGACUUUGACAAGAACAGUGUCCAGGACAUCAUGGGUGCCCUGUUCAAGCACAGCAAGAAGGGGCCUAGAGCCAGCGGCAACCUCAUCCCCCAGGAGAAGAUUGUCAACCUUGUCGAUGACAUCUUCGGAGCAGGAUUUGACACAAUUGCAACAGCCAUCUCCUGGAGCCUCACGUACCUUGUGACCAGGCCCGAGAUACAGAGGAAAAUCCAGAAGGAGCUGGAUGCUGUGAUUGGCAGGGGGCGGCGACCCCGGCUCUCUGACAGACCCCAGCUGCCCUACUUGGAGGCCUUCAUCCUGGAGACCUUCCGACACUCCUCCUUCGUCCCCUUCACCAUCCCCCACAGCACAACAACGGACACAACACUGAACGGCUUCUACAUCCCCAGGGAAUGCUGUGUCUUCAUAAACCAGUGGCAGGUCAACCACGACCUGGAGCUGUGGGGGGACCCAUCUGAGUUCCGGCCGGAGCGGUUCGCCACCGCGGAAGGCACCAGCAUUAACAAGCCCUUGAGUGAGAAGAUAAUGCUGUUUGGCCUGGGCAAGCGCCGGUGCAUCGGCGAGGUCCUUGGCAAGUGGGAGGUCUUCCUCUUCCUGGCCAUCCUGCUACAGCAACUGGAGUUCAGCGUGCCGCCGGGCGUGAAAGUCGACCUGACUCCCAUCUACGGGCUGACCAUGAAGCAUGCCCGCUGUGAACACUUCCAGGCGCGGCUGCGCUUCUCCAUCAAGUGA